AGCAAAUGUUGUUGCACAUCUAAAACAAUAACUCCUUGUUGCAAAUCAAAUACACUAAUUAUACCAAAAAAAUAUGGGUUCAUCAAUCCUUGGCCCCAAAGAAAUUGAGAUGUUUGAAGGGCAAGCUUUAUUGUAUAGACAGUGUUGUGCCUACAUAGAUUCCAUGUGUAUUAAGUGGUGUGUUGAGCUCAACAUAGCAGACAUAAUUCACAACCAUGGUCAACCCAUUACCCUUCAUCACUUGGUCUCAACAUUGCAAGUUCCAUCUUCCAGGGUUGCCGCUGUUCGACGCUUCAUGCGUUACCUCGCACAUAAUGGAUUAUUUCACAUAGUAAGAAUCCAUGACGAAAACAAACAAGAGAAGGAAGCAUAUGGUCUCACCAUUGCAUCAAAGCUCCUUGUUAGUAGCAAUGAUUAUUGUUUAUCUCCAAUGGUUAAGUAUGCUACUGAUCCAGUUACAAUGGGUCCACUCAAUCAAUUGAAGGCAUGGAUUUAUGGGGAAGAUAAUCUCUCACUAUUUGGCAUGGCCAAAGGAAUGGAAUUUUGGGAGUUUCUCAACAUAAACCCUAAAUAUCUGAAGUCCUUCAAUGAGGCAAUGGCUUGUGACUCUAAAAUGAUUAACUUGGCAUUAAGAAGUUGUGGUUUGGUCUUUGAUGGGCUUGAAUCCAUUGUGGAUGUUGGUGGUGGAAUUGGAACAACUGCUAAGAUUAUUAGUGAGGCAUUUCCUAAGUUGAAAUGCAUAGUAUUUGAUCUUCCCCAGGUUGUGGAAAAUUUGUUAGGAACCAAUAAUUUGAGCUUUGUUGGUGGUGACAUGUUCAAAUCUAUUCCUAAAGCACAUGCAGUUCUACUCAAGAAUAUUAUACAUGAUUGGGAUGAGGAAAAUUGUGUGAAGAUAAUGAGAAAUUGUAAAGAUGCUAUUUCCAGCAAUGGGAAAAGAGGAAAAGUGAUUAUUAUAGAGUCUGUGAUCAAUGAAAAGCAGGACAAGCAUGAAAUCACUGAAAUGAAGCUCAAAUAUGAUAUAUACAUGACAUGUAACAAUGGAGCACAGAAAACUGAAGAAGAAUUGAAGAAAAUCUUUAUAGAAGCAGGCUUUCAAGGGUACAAACUGUUCCCUAUAGCUGGAAUUGUGUCACUUGUUGAGGUCUAUCCUUAAAUAAUUAAAUAGAAUUUUAUAGUGAAUGUUAUUAUAUAAGCUAAUUAAAUAAUUUUGUAUCGUUAUCAUGGUCAUGAAAUAGAAGUUAUAUGUACUAAUGAAUAAGAUGAACGCUAAGCCAGGGUAGCUAGGGGUCUUAUUUUGUCCUUUAAUUUGUGAUAAGACAAUAUAUGAUCCAAUAAUGUAUUAUUGACGAAAAUUAAUGCUACACAC